UGUUGUUUGUGGCCAACCGUUGCAAUCUACUUAUUACUGUAACCCUUUGUAUGUCAGCGCUGUUGACUCAGCCUCACUCCUCGCAAGUCGAUGGCUGUUGAUUAGUCCACCGUCACUAUAGUCUUUGGACUUGCUUGUUUCUCGGCCUUCCCGACCGACCGGCUUCUACACAUACUCCUUGAAACAGGUGUCUCGCGUCUGUUCAUAUAUUACGGACUUGAUGAGCUCACGAUUCAGGAACCUCGGGUUUGGCUCCAAACGGAAGUCCUCUGGCAACGUUCAGACGGAGAGUACCCCACCACCGGUAGCAAACAGCACACUUCCUGUUGGCACCGCACCUCCGUCUGGAGCCAACUCCUCAAAUUCCAGUCUUCCUAUGAAUCCACACAAUCCGUUGGGAAGGCCCCCAUCGUACACUCCCCCAAAUCCUGGUCAUCUCGGUGCUCCUCCGCCCCAUGUUGGUCGACCAACGAGUCCGAUACCUCCUCAGCAAAUUGGGCACCCUCCCGCAACUCAGUCAGGAUAUGGCUAUUCCCCCCAACCAUAUCCAGCAAUGAGAACUCCGCAGAUGCCUUCAAGACCGUACGGUGGGACCUAUGCGAUUCCCAAUCAGCAGUUCCAGGCACCCGUUGAAGUUGAAGACGCCGCGAGGAGCAAGGCUCAGCUUAUUGUUGGCAUUGAUUUUGGCACAACCUUUUCCGGCGUGGCCUUUGCAUUUGCGACCAACAACGAAGUGAAAGAAGACAUCAUCACGGAAUGGCCUGGUGCUGGAAACCAGACUAAGCAGAAGGCAAUUACACUUCCCGCUUCAAAGAUCAUCCCCACUGUUCUCUAUUACGAUCAGUAUCAAAAAGUUGUGGGAUGGGGCCCAGAUAUUGCCGACGCUCUCGCGCCCACUGGCUAUCCCAAACUUGGCGUUCAGAAAGUAGAAUGGUUCAAGCUGCAGCUUAUGUUAUCCGGAAACACAUACAUUGAUCCUAUAAACCUUCCUCCUCUGCCGCCUGGGAAAUCCGAGAUCGACGUUGCGGCCGAUUACCUUUUCAAACUUCGGCAGGCUAUGAGGAAUCAAUUGCAGAAGACCCUUGGCGAAGUUUUCAAUAGAGAAGAACGCAACAUUAAAUACUUUCUCACAGUUCCUGCCAUCUGGAAUGAUGCAGGGAAGGCUGCCACCCGAGCCGCUGCUAUCCAAGCUGGUUUUCUACGAGACGAGAACGAUAACCGACUUACUUUAGUGACUGAACCCGAGGCUGCGGCCAUGUUCUGCUCCAAGACUGGUCUCCUCAAUCUCAAAAUCCACGAUGCUGUUUUGAUAGUAGACUGCGGUGGAGGGACUGUUGAUUUGAUAGCCUAUGAAGUUGAAGAAGAGCAGCCAUUUACUGUGGCAGAAUGUACUGCAGGGUCUGGAGAUUCUUGUGGUUCUACGGCGCUCAAUCGAAAUUUCAGUAAUAUUUUACGCGCGAAAAUCCGUAAAAUGAAGCUUCCGGAUGGAUCGAAGACAGCUGGAAAGGUGUAUGCGAAAUGCAUAAUGGACUUUGAAAACAGGAUCAAAGCUGACUUCAGGAACAACGGUCAAAAGUGGGCCGUCGAUGUUGGCAUUGAAGCCGAAUUUCCUGAGGCUGGGAUAGAGGAAGGGUACAUGACGUUCACAAAUGAGGAGAUUCUACAGUGCUUCGAACCCGUUGUCAAUCGAAUACUUGAGUUGGUUCGAAAUCAAAUUAUUGCGAUCCAAGCUCAAAAUAGGGCUUUACAGAAUGUGCUCGUGGUCGGCGGCUUUGGUGCGUCCGAAUAUCUCUUCCAGCAGAUUAAGCUUCAUGUGCCUCCACAAUUCCAGUCAAAGGUCGUUCGACCUAUGGACUCUGUUGCUGCCAUAGUCAAGGGCGCAGUCACUGCAGGAAUCACUGAAAGGGUCAUUACUUCACGAGUUGCUCGUCGACACUACCUUAUGGCUACUCUGCAACCUUUCAAGGAAGGCCAUCAUCCAGAGCAGUACCGUGUCCCAUCACUGGAUGGUAAAGAUAGAUGUAAAUAUACUCGGCAAAUAUUUGUUCAGAAGGGCCAAAGAGUAAAGAUCGGUGAGCCGGUGAAAGUCUCUUUUUUCCGACAAGUCGCACCCGGCGCAACUCUCAUGUACGAGGAUAUCCUCUAUGCUUGCGACGACGAUGUCUGCCCGGAGUAUACCAAAGACCCACGGAUCAAGGAGGUUGUUACGCUCACCUCAGACCUGUCUCGGAAAAACUUGGAGAAAGACUUCGAAAGGAUGGAUACGCCACAAGGCACAUUUUACAGAGUUUACUUUGACAUAUAUCUUACACUUGAUGGUAGCGAGUUCAAUGCAGAACUGGUUUGCCAAGGCGAAGUUAUGGGCCGCUGCACCGCAAAGUUUCGAUAGAUGUUCCCAUUUCCGCAUGAAAUACUUAUUUUAUGGCUUUUUGGACAUUAUGCUCACGCUCUUUGCUCAAGGCUUUAUACCUAUAUCAAAUGUUCUCAGCAUCUGUCAUCAUAGCGGGUUAUCCUUCCAAUAUUGCAAUCCAUUUUAUUUCAAUUUUCGGUUUUUGAUAUGCUACUUAUACUUGCUUUACGUUUUCGUCAGUAAGCUGAAGUCAAGCCAUAGUUCUUCCGAUAGCAAAGAGGUAUGUUACCUUUAUGAGCAAUUUUUUUCGACUCCAAGAUCCUUUGCGCUGGAAAUGCCGGCAAUUACUCGGUACUCUUGUGCUACCUCCGGCUAUCUAAUUGAUAAUCAAACUAAGAGUGCUUCUGAAGCAAUGCCACUUUUACGACGAGAUAUUCUGACAUAGUGCAGGUCU